AUGUUUCUUAAAAUUCCAUGUCUUCUACUCUCUUUUGCCUUGAGCACAUCCAAUGGAUUCGUUGUUCCAUCCACCGGCUUCGGUAACCGUGCCAAACUAACUUCUCUAUCGUUCAAAAGCGAAAGAACAGCCCCAUCCGUCGUUGACAGUUUGAAUGUGCUUUCCAUGUCAGAGAUCAAGCACCUUCUAAGCGAACGUGGCGUUGACUUUCGCGAUUGUUCAAGUAAGCAAGAGCUUAUCGUAAGGCUGACACAAUCGCAAUCGGCUGGAGCUGAAGAACAACCCUUCUUCCCCCCUGCUGCACAACAACUAUUCAGCCAAGAAGAAUCUUUGAUUUCUACCUUCCGUAGGGUAUCUCCUUCUGUCGCACACAUCAAGACUGACUCCAACAGUCAUGAUGACUUGUCCAUGUCCGGAACGGACAUUCCUUCCGGUUCUGGAAGUGGAUUCCUUUGGGACAACAAGGGUCAUGUCGUCACCAACUUUCAUGUUGCCUCUGGUGGACGACAAGAUGGAUCCAUGCCAAAAAACAUUAAAGUCAAGCUAACUGGUAUGGCAAAUGCCUUGGAUGCUGAGAUGGUUGGCUUUGAUUCCGAGCUAGACUUGGCAGUCUUGAAAUUGAGAAAUUAUGAUCCCAGAAAUCUCCCAUCUCCCAUUCCGAUUGGAGUUUCCAGCGAUCUUCAAGUCGGUCAAAGUGUCAUCGCUAUUGGCAAUCCUUUCGGUCUUGAUGAUACACUGACAACUGGGGUUGUCUCUGCUCUUGGCAGAGAUAUUGACGGUGCAGGAGGUCGCCCUAUUCACGGAUGCGUUCAAACCGAUGCUGCCAUCAACCCAGGCAACAGUGGUGGACCCCUUUUAGACAGUCAGGGGCGCUUGAUUGGAAUCAACACUUCGAUCUUCUCUCCUAAUGGCACACCCGGGAAUAUUGGAAUUGGAUUCGCCAUUCCGGUGGACACCGUCAGCCGUGUGGUCACCCAACUCAUUGUCCAUGGCAAGGUUGUCAGACCUACUUUGGGAAUGUCGAUUGUCGAUGACAGAGUCGCGCGUAACAUUGGACAACAACUUCGAAUGCCUCUUAAGGGUUGCUUGGUCGGUGAAGUUUUCCACAACAGCCCUGCUAUGCUGUCUGGUCUCGAAUCCUUUGGACAAGACUACGAUGGAUCCAUCAUCUUGGGUGACAUUGUCACUCACAUUGACGGAGAACCCGUCACCGAGUCUGAGGACUUGCUUUCCGCUGUGGAAGAAAGAAAGGAGGGAGAUACAGUUAACCUUCGUGUUGUUCGUCAAUGUGAUCCAAACAGAAUCGAGACUGUCCCUGUCAUGCUCACUAGCAGAGACCGCUUCCAGAACAGGGAGGGCAACAGAAAUUCUUCCAACUCCAGCUCCAACCAUCACCAUAUGCACCACGGUGCUCCUCCCCAACAUCAUCGUGGACCCCACAACCAAAUGUUUGAUCCCAGACAACAACAGAGACAAGGACCACCACCACCUGGUCCUGGUCAACAAUGGCGUGGACCACCUCCUCCCCCACACAUGGCCGGUCCCAAUUUCAACCGAUUUGGUCAUUGGCAAUAA